UCUUCACCAAGGUCUUUCACCUAUAUUUAUCACAAAUUCCAAAAGAGACGCGGUGGCGAUUUUACGGAGAGAGUCUCCGUUCAGUCAUUCUCAGUUCGUUUACAAAAGUGACUCAGUGCAGUUCCGCGGUGGCGGGAUCUUUACCGAGAAAACAAGACCGCGCUUGCUCUACAACGAAUCUGCAUAUAUCGCGAACUACCGCGUGUGAAGAGUAUAAUCGGCUGUUCUCUUCGAGAUUGGCUUUACGGUAUAUAACCGAUGCGCAGCCGAUCUUUCUCUUCAAACGUCGCUUAAGAGUCCGUGAGUUUGGAAGUGAAGCUCGAUUUUUGUGAAAGAAAGAGAAAAUAGUGCACAAUGAGAUUGGAAUUUAUAUUAUUGUUACUGACUAUUUCGUUAAGUUGGAGCACGGCGCGUGUUCGAGAACGCGUGAACGACGCAUCGAGCUCGACGGUUCGAUCGAUCGACGAACCUGAUUGCGCGCCGUCAGGCAAAUCUCUGGAUAAUGGAAAGAACAUCAAGCGGAUGCAAAUUUUCAAUCAGACUGGAUUCGAUGGUAAAGUGCACAGAAUUCGUAUAGAUUCCAGCGAGGAGGAUAAACCAGGCAUUCACGCCUAUGGGUUGCCGAAGAAACGCUUCCGGGAUAACGGCGUUAUCGAGAGAAUCGGGGAGAACCGCAUCGAUAACGUUCCGAAAAGUGGCCGAUUGGUGGAAGCCUACGGAAUGCCGAAAAAUAUCGUAGAAAGUAAUGGCUUUGUCGAAAGGGUGUUAUCGUCAAACGCGGAUCGUUAUCAACUUGGGACAACAUCGCGAAAUGAUAACGAAAAUGUCAGAAUAAGAAGAUCCGUUCAAACAGGAACUGAGAAUAAGAUCGAAGAAAAAGUCGCGAGCGAAACGGAAGAUAUGGAGGCGCAGGACGCGAAAGUCUUCAGGCCGCUAUUCGUUUAUAGACAACAAGUGGCUGCCAGACAAAGACGGAAGCACGCGAGAAACGUAGCGCACAAAAACCACGUGUCGCAACCUUGCAAUUAUAAAUCAGCAAUCUAUUAAUUCCUUAUCACAAAUGUACUCGACACAAUUUUGUUGAAAACGUCAAUUUUGAAGAAACCGGAAUUUUUUGGCAAAACACUUCCAAACAUUGUUAGCUCGAAAUUGGAAGAUAAUUAUUUGAACAUUAGAAAAUAAAUGCUUUAUUUUUUUUCUAGUUUUAAAUGACGUAAUUGAAGUCUGUUGAUAACAAAUAUUACAACUAGUGUUUUAUUUAUGUAUUACGUUACAACUCCAUGACUACGAUUGCAAUACCAAAAAGUAUUGUUUUAUAUGUAUAGUGGAAUUAGAUAAUUAAUUUUAAAGAGUAAAAAUAUAUAGAGAUUUUAAUAUUCCGUUUUAUUAGACAAAACUGUACGCAGAUACAGAUUUAUGCGUUCAAUAUUACUAUUGCGAUAUGUAUCUAGCACGCUUUUUGCAAUAAAUAAUUUGCUUUAAUAUCACAUAAA